GACCAGGACAUGGGGAGGCUGAGACAAGAGAAUGCAUUUACUACAACGCCAACUGGGAGCUGGAGAAGACGAACCAGAGCGGCGUGGAGCGCUGCGAGGGGGAGAAGGACAAGCGGCUCCACUGCUACGCCUCCUGGAGAAACAACUCGGGGUCCAUCGAGCUGGUGAAGAAAGGCUGCUGGUUGGACGACUUCAACUGUUACGACAGGCAGGAGUGCGUAGCCACGGAAGAAAACCCGCAAGUGUUUUUCUGCUGCUGCGAGGGCAACUAUUGCAACGAGAAGUUUACCCAUUUGCCUGAAGUCACCGGCCCAGAAGUCAUAUACGAGCCGCCGCCACCAACGCCCUCCCUGCUCAACAUCCUGGUGUACUCGCUGCUCGCCAUCGCUGUCCUCUCCAUGGCCAUCCUCUUGGCCUUCUGGAUGUAUCGGCACCGCAAGCCUCCCUACGGGCACGUCGACAUUAAUGAGGACCCUGGCCCACCACCCCCUUCCCCCCUGGUUGGCCUAAAGCCUCUGCAGCUCUUGGAGAUCAAGGCCAGGGGACGCUUUGGCUGCGUGUGGAAGGCUCAGCUGAUGAACGACUACGUAGCAGUGAAAAUCUUCCCUAUUCAGGAUAAGCAAUCUUGGCAGAGCGAGAGGGAGAUUUUCAAUACUCCUGGCAUGAAGCAUGAAAACCUUUUGCAGUUUAUCGCAGCAGAGAAAAGAGGGACAAACCUGGAGACAGAGCUCUGGCUGAUCACAGCUUUCCACGACAAGGGCUCUCUGACGGAUUACCUGAAGGGCAAUAUUAUCAGCUGGAAUGAACUCUGCCACGUUGCAGAAACGAUGGCCCGUGGCUUGUCCUACCUACAUGAAGAUGUCCCUUGGUGCAAAGGUGAAGGACACAAACCUGCUAUAGCACACAGGGACUUCAAGAGUAAAAAUGUCUUGCUGAAGAACGACUUGACGGCGGUGCUAGCCGAUUUCGGGCUAGCUGUACGGUUUGAACCUGGAAAACCUCCAGGGGACACUCACGGACAGGUGGGAACGAGGAGGUAUAUGGCUCCCGAAGUGUUAGAGGGAGCAAUCAACUUCCAGCGAGACGCCUUCCUGAGGAUAGACAUGUAUGCAAUGGGACUGGUGUUGUGGGAGCUCGUCUCCAGGUGUAGAGCAGUUGAUGGUCCAGUGGAUGAAUACAUGCUGCCUUUCGAAGAAGAAAUAGGUCAGCACCCAUCCCUUGAGGACCUGCAAGAAGUGGUGGUUCACAAGAAGAUGCGCCCCGUGUUCAAGGAUCACUGGCUGAAACACCCCGGCUUGGCGCAGCUCUGCGUGACCAUCGAAGAGUGCUGGGACCACGACGCGGAGGCUCGGCUCUCGGCGGGCUGUGUCGAGGAGCGCAUUGCGCAGAUCCGCAAAUCCGUCAACGGCACUACCUCGGACUGCCUGGUCUCCAUUGUGACGUCCGUCACCAACGUGGACUUGCCACCCAAAGAGUCGAGUAUCUAAGUCCUGGUUUGCUUUUGUCUUUCCAGACUCAGUGGAUUAAAAAGAAAAAAAAAAGAAAAGAAAAAAAAAGAAAGAAAAAAGUUUAAAAAAAAACCCACAAAAAAAA